GUUCCGCUUCCCGCGCCGUCCCCAGUACUGAGAUUCGACUGAAAACUAGGUUCCGGUUCAUAAGGUGGUUGCGAUAGGGUCUGUAUAGUCGAGGCAUUUGUGAUUUGAUCGUGCACUCUGAUGCGACUUCGAGGCCGUGGUUUAGGUCUAGUGACGUCGUUCUGAUUUUAUGGCAAUGUUUGGUUCCUUGAGAUUACAAAGUUAUAUUCAGUUUCCAUUGUCGGUUCGCCGGUGAAAAUAGAGUUUUGAUCUGUAUGUUUACGAUUCUAGUGAUCUAAUUUAUGCUUUGUGAAUUAUGAGUCAGAUUAAUUGUUGUUUGACGACUGUUCGCAUUAUUGUUUUUCUGAACUUGUAGUACGUUGCACCGUCAGGGGUUUGAUUUAUUUAUUUUAUAAACCGUGGAGUAGAGUUUCUUUUUGGAUCAUAUAUUGUGCGUUCGAUGUGAUUGGGAUUUUGGAGUAGAACAUUCGUUGAUGCAAAACCUGUCCUGAAACUAAUUUGGUCCCCAAUAACCCAUGAGAUAGCAUUCAGCGCUUGUCUUUUCUCAAUCUAGCAUUUAUCAUUGUGCAAACAUGAAGUUUUUAGUUGAGGGAUCGGAAGUCUGUUGAUGUUGCAGUAUUCUAAUCUACUACAGGUGUUAAUAAAUCCAGCUUAAACAAUCUUUUGGCUAUAGAUGCGUUAUCUGUAGACAUUCUUUACUACAACAAGAAUGACCUUUGCUUCUUGAUGUGGAUAUUGACCUCGUGAAUUAUGUUUGGUCUCGAAGAUUUCCUAGUGUAGAAAGAAGUUGCUUUAGUAUUUCUGGGCUGUAUAUACAACUUGCUAUGCGGUACAAUUGCAUUGCAUGUACACAUGCUUUCCGUUUCAUAUGGAUCUCUAUGUUUUGCGCUGGUCUAUCCAAAUUCAAAUGUAGUUCUGUUUGUUGACAUAGUCAUAUUUUUUGUGAAAGAGACGCAGAUCUUUGUCAAGACCCUCACAGGCAAGACUAUCACUCUUGAGGUCGAGAGUUCAGAUACCAUUGACAAUGUUAAAGCCAAGAUUCAGGACAAGGAGGGCAUUCCUCCGGACCAACAGAGGCUCAUAUUUGCUGGCAAGCAGCUAGAGGAUGGCCGGACAUUGGCCGAUUACAACAUCCAAAAGGAGUCUACCCUCUACCUUGUUCUCCGCCUGAGAGGUGGGAUGCAGAUCUUUGUGAAAACUCUUACCGGGAAGACCAUAACUCUAGAGGUUGAGAGUUCGGACACCAUUGACAAUGUCAAGGCAAAGAUCCAGGACAAGGAGGGCAUCCCACCAGACCAACAGAGGCUCAUCUUUGCUGGCAAGCAGCUUGAGGAUGGGCGCACAUUGGCUGAUUACAACAUUCAGAAGGAGUCUACCCUUCACCUAGUCCUCCGCCUCCGUGGUGGCAUGCAGAUAUUUGUCAAGACGCUAACUGGAAAGACCAUCACUCUUGAAGUGGAGAGCUCCGACACCAUUGAUAAUGUGAAGGCCAAGAUCCAGGAUAAGGUAGGUAUCCCGCCUGACCAGCAGAGGCUCAUCUUUGCCGGAAAGCAGCUCGAGGAUGGGCGCACUUUGGCUGAUUACAAUAUUCAGAAGGAGUCUACCCUUCACCUGGUCCUACGCCUCCGAGGUGGGGUGCAGAUCUUUGUCAAGACGCUAACCGGGAAGACCAUUACACUUGAGAGGUUGAGAGCUCUGGCACCAUUGAUAAUGUGAAGGCCAAGAUCCAGGAUAAGGAGGGUAUCCCGCCUGACCAGCAGAGGCUCAUCUUUGCUGGAAAGCAGCUCGAGGAUGGGCGUACACUGGCUGAUUACAAUAUCCAGAAAGAGUCUACUCUUCACUUGGUCCUCCGCCUACGUGGUGGCAUGCAGAUUUUUGUAAGACAUUAACUUGAAAGACCAUCGCUCUUGAGGUGGAGAGCUCCGACACCAUCGAUAAUGUGAAGGCCAAGAUGCAGGACAAGGAGGGAAUUCCUCCAGAUCAGCAGAGGCUUAUCUUUGCAGGGAAGCAGCUGGAGGAUGGGCGUACCUUGGCAGAUUAUAACAUCCAAAAAGAAUCCACUCUUCAUCUUGUCCUGCACCUCCGUGGUGGCCUUUUAACUAAAGCAGUUUGAUGUCUGCUCCUUUUACCCCUAGUACUGUUUGAUGUUCCAUUUUGAACUUAUUAGCAAUGCGUUCCUGUACUGUUUUGAUGCACCGUUCUAUGUAUGUGACACGUUUCUACAAUAAUUCAGAGUAUUCCUGUUA